AUGUUGAACCGCGCGCUCUCCAUCCGCUCCUCCAACCGCUCCUCCAACAGCACGACCUCCACCCACUCCGGCGCCACCGCCGCCUCCUCCCGCCACCACCACCAGCACCAGCACCACAAGCCCUUCUCGCUGACCUCGCUGCGCGGGAGCACGCAGCCGGAGCUCGCGAAGCGGCUGUACCGGCUGAUCAAGACGGGCAACAGCCUGAUCGCGGCGCACAGCGCGGCGGCGCGGGAGCGGGCGUCGAUCGCGACGCAGCUGUCCGAGUGGGGCGAGCAGACGGGCGACGCGGCCGUGUCGGACGUGAGCGACAAGGUGGGCGUGGUGCUGUGCGAGCUGGGCGAGCAGGAGGAGGCGUACGCGGCCGCGCUGGACGCCGGCCGCGCCGUGCUCAAGGUGGUGCGCGACACGGAGCGCAGCGUGGCGCCCAGCCGCGAGGGCCGCCGCCGCAUCGCCGACGAGAUCGCCCGCAUCAAGGCCAGGGAGCCCCAGAGCGCCCGGCUGGUCACCCUCGAGCAGGAGCUGGUGCGCGCCGAGGCCGAGAACCUGGUCGCUGAGGCGCAGCUGGGGAAUGUGACCCGACAAAAGUUCCGCGAGGCCUACACAGCCGAGUUCCUCGCCACGAUCGAGCGCGCCGAGAAGCAGGCGAUCCUGGCGCGCCACGGCCUGCGCCUGCUGCAGCUGCUGGACGACGCGCCGGUCGUGCCCGGCGACGCGCGCCCCGCGUACACGCACGCCCCGCAGGCCCGGCAGAUCCUCAACGACGCCGAGGACGACCUGCGCGAGUGGCGCCUCGACGGCGCGCUGCUGCAGCAGCUGCUGGGCGACGACGAGGGCGGUGGCGGUGGGGAGGCCACGCCGCGCGGUCAGGGCAGUGGCAAGCAGAAGGGGAAGGAGGAGGAGCAGAAGCAGAAACGAAAGGACGUCGAUAGGGAGAGCGUGGCUGGCUCCGAUAGGGACGGGGGCAUGAGCGCGGAAACGGGAGAAUCCGAGAGGUCGUGA